ACUAAAUCCAUUGCUAUUUUGAACUUGUUUGGCUACUGAGAAAAUGGGGAGUGGAAUCUCAAUUUCUAGCCGUUUAGCUUUUGAGCUGCAUUGAUAUUGAUUCACUUCAUUGUUUCUAUUGCUUUGUUCCAUUUCUGCAUCUUGAGCAAGCUUUGUCGAAGUAAAUUGGUUAAUACUCUCUCUUUGUUGAAGUAACUUGUUUGGCUACUGAGAAAACGGGAAGAGAAAUUUUGAGUACUACUCACUUUUCAUUUCUGCAUCUUGAGAAAGCUCUGCUGAAGUUUAGAAUACAACAUUGCUACUCUCUGUUUCAACUCUAUUUUCUCUCCAUGUCUGUUUCUGAACUUGUUUGGCUACUGGGAAAAUGUGGAAUGCAACCAGCAAUUCGAGUAAAGAAAGCUGUUAAAUCAUCACCAUAGUGUGCUUCUUUCUUGAAAAGCCUCAAUUCUCGGCCGAGAAAAUGAGCCAGAAAAGGGAGCUCGAGCUCAAGCUCGGCGUCUUUGUUUUGUCUGCAGUCUUCUGGUUUGCAGCGACCUUUUCUCUGGUAAUGUCGGAGACAAUUGAAGACAAGGAAGCUCUGCUUAGUUUUCUCAGCAAAAUGGCUCAUCAUUCACACUCGCUCAAUUGGAAGAAGAGCACUUCUUUAUGCAGAGAAUGGAUGGGAGUUCAUUGCAACAGUGAUGAAUCCCGAGUCGUAGCUCUGCAAUUGCCCGAAGUUGGAUUACACGGUCCUGUCCCAAUCGACACUCUUAGUCGACUAUCGGCACUUGAAACUCUAAGCCUUGAAUCAAACUACAUAUCAGGGCCUUUCCCUUCCGACUUCCAAAAGCUGCGGAAUCUCAACUCACUCAACUUGCAAAGCAACAAGUUUUCUGGUCCAUUGCCAUCAGAUUUCUCAAUAUGGAAGAAUCUUCACAUCAUUGACUUUUCAAACAAUGCCUUCAAUGGGAGCAUCCCUCCGAUUUCAAACACGACGCGUCUCACGGCUUUAAAUCUUGCCAAUAACUCACUCUCUGGCAAGAUUCCAGACCUCAACCUUCCCAGUUUGCGAAAGUUGGAUCUUUCAAACAACAAUCUCACAGGACCGGUCCCUCAGUCCCUUCAACGAUUUCCAAGUCGAGCAUUCUCUGGUAACAACCUUACGCCUGAAGAUGCCGUUCCUCCAGCUCGUCCUGGACCGUCACCCAAAGCUCAACCAUCAAAAAGAGGCACAACAACACUUGGUGAAGCAGCAAUAUUAGGCAUCAUAAUUGGAGGUUCUGCAAUGGGGUUAGUUCUAGCAGCCAUUCUAAUGAUAAUCUGCUGCUCAAACAGAGGAAUAAAAAGCAAAGCCUCAUCCAAACUGAACAAGAAAGAACAGUCUGUGAAGAAAAGGGUGUCUGAGACACAAAGCAACAGCAACAAUCUCAAGUUUUUUCAGAGUUACAGUCUCGCAUUUGACUUGGAGGACUUGCUGAGGGCGUCUUCGGAGGUGCUCGGGAAGGGGACGUCCGGGACAACUUAUAAGGCGACACUGGAAGACGGUAACGCCGUGGUGGUGAAGAGGUUGAAGGAAGUGAGUGCUUCAAAGAGGGAAUUUGAGCAGCAAAUGGAGGUGCUGGGGAGAAUUGAACAUGAAAAUGUGUGUGCCUUGAGGGCUUAUUAUUAUUCAAAGGAUGAGAAGCUUAUGGUGUUUGAUUUCUACCAACAUGGAAGUGUUUCUGCAAUGUUGCAUGGUGGGAGAGAGAAAGGUGAGUCACUACUGGACUGGGAAACUCGACUCCGAAUCGCCAUUGGCGCAGCCAGAGGAAUCGCUCACAUCCACUCAGACAACUGCGGCAAACUCGUCCAUGGCAACAUCAAGGCUUCCAAUAUCUUCCUCAACUCCGACGGCUACGGCUGCGUCUCCGACGCCGGCGUCGCCGCCCUGAUGAACCUCAUGGCCCCUCCGGCGACGAGAGCGGCCGGAUACCGCGCUCCCGAAGUCAAAGACUCGCGCAAAGCAUCUCACGCCUCCGAUACCUACAGCUUCGGCGUCGUGCUUCUCGAGCUCCUCACCGGAAAGUUUCCGCUCCACACGAAGGGCGGCGACCAGAUCAUCCACCUGGUGCGGUGGGUGAACGCGGUGGUCCGAGAGGAGUGGACGGCGGAGGUGUUCGAUGUGGAGCUUUUGAGGUUUCCGAACAUAGAGGAGGAGAUGGUGGAGACGCUGCAAUUAGGGCUCGCUUGCGUCGGGAGAGUUCCGGAGGAUCGGCCGACAAUGGCGGAGGUUGCGGCUCGUCUGGAGGGAAUUCGCCGGGUCAGCGGCGGAGGAAGCCAACCGGAGCCGCCGCCGCCAUUGCCAUCGGAAGGUGGAGCAGAAGAUUCGAUCCAUAUUCAGGUGAAUGUGGCUGAGGGUGAAGGUUGAUAGGAUUCUUUUGAUUCAGGUUUGUUGAAAGAUCUUUGAAACUAAGAAUUUUGAUGAUCUUCAUCCGAAUUCAAGCGAUGAAUUAGGCUAGUUUUAGUUCAAAUUGGCCCAUUUGGAGUAGGUUUUUGCUCAUGAUUUUUGUAAAAUUAGUGUGUUGUUUGAAAUAGAAAUUUUGUUGAAUAAA